GGCGCUUUUGACAGAAGGGAGGAAAGAAAAGGGGAGGGGGGGACAGAGAGAGAGAGAGAGAGAGAAAGAGAACAGGAGCUUGUGAAGAGAAAGAGGGAGGGAGCUUCAGGCAGCGAGACUGGACUACCGCUCAAACACUGCAGUCUCUCUUUUGCUUCAAUGAGGGAACUGUCUCUCUUCUCCCUGCUGUUUCUCCUUCUUGCUGGUUCUUCUCUUGUUGCUUGGCCAUGACCCCGGUGGACACCUGGAUCUCCUUGCCCACCUAGAAGAGGAGAGAAAUGCUGUAGCAGAGGAAGAGAAGAGAAGAGAAGAGAAGAGAAGAGAAGAGAAGAGAAGAGAAGAGAAGAGAAGAGAAGAGGGGACACCGCACACUUUGCCUCACUGAUGAGAUUCUGGAAAAUUAAUUAACCGCCGUCAGCACAGAGAGGGGAGCGCAGAGGGGGGCUCGGUGUGAGGUGCAGGAAGAUAAUAAUAGGGAGUUGGGCGAAUUGCCAAAGGUUUAAAGAACUGGUUGUGGAGGAGAGGCAGAGUAACCCCUAGACACUUUUCAGAGACAAAAAGGACAACUUAGGGCAGAUGCAAACGAAGCGAGGGCAAAACUGGGCAAGGCAGGAAUUCAACAGAGAUAAUAAUUCAAAAAGCCAAAUAAUGGACCAGUCGCAUGCAUUAUUUCUCCUUUGAUGCUUAUUUUAAACCUUCUUCUCACUUUCAUAACACUAUCCUUCCCUUCAUCUCACAUUUUCUUUCUUUGCAUGUCAGCAAAAGCACAUCGACAGCCCCAACCACAUGCUGAGCACUCAGCCACGACUUAGAAGCUAGCGUAGCAUUUCAUUCAGUGGACCUUACUGAGUAAAAAAAGUUGGUUGGCAGAAUCAUGGGGGCCAUUACCCCCUGAGCAGCUGUUUAGGAAUGUCUCUUGAGAACAGGUAGGACGUUGCUGGAGCUUUUCGCCAGCCCGGUGCAGCUGGAGAGGUCGAGUCGAUGCCCUCUAGUCGUUUGCCUGAUUGAACCGUUACGAGAUGAAACCUGCAAAUCAGUUUAUCUCUCAGAGCAUGACACCUGUGUUUGAACGAUUACAGACAGGGAAACAGAGACGUGCAGAUGUGUUUGUGUGUGUUGAGAUUAUGUCCUAAAUCCACAGAAUUACACAGGUGUUGCGCCAGGAUUAUGCAAAGUCUCCUGCUGAAUAGAGUAAGUAUAGGAUUAAAGGGAGGAACUCAAAUCAAGUGAAUGGCAACAUUUUAUCUUUUACAAAUCAAGCCAGAUCAAGUGUAAUUAGGAAAAACGAAUCAGCCUUCCAGGGUUGGAAAGGGUUUGUAACUAUUUUUAGGUAAACUGGGGAUAGGUCAAAAACACUAACAAAACCCAUCACUCUGCGCCAAGUGGAAUAACUUCUGCUCCCUUGUUGUGAACUUUGCUCAGAUCUGAAGUACACAGAGUGACUAUUACAGACUCUGAAAGGCUUAUUCAGCAUCCAUAAUGAGACGCUCGAGCACGGACGAGACUCCAUACCGGCGCAGUCCGUCUCUGGACAGCAAACCCGACACGCCGCCGUUCACUUCUGGGUUUCACCGCUUCAGUGGGGAGUUUGAGUAUAAGCGGCCGCCAUUUGCGUUCGGCUUCCACACGACAAAAGAGCCGCAGACGUCCAAGGGGCGCUACGCCCAGGGGAAGAAGUAUGUGGUGUUUUACCUGGACCUCUCCUUCAUAUUCCUCCUAGAACUGCGCCGCUGCAGGAUGGCCGAGGGUUGCAUGAUGGCCCUGCGAUAUGGAAUGGUCUUCUUCAACCUCCUUUUCUGGUUGGGAGGAUGUGGCAUACUAGGGGUGGGAGUCUGGCUCUCAGUGACCCAGGGGAACUUUGCCACCCUAUCAUCAUCCCUUCCCUCCUUGUCGGCAGCCAACCUGCUCAUCGCAGUGGGGACCAUCAUCAUGGUGAUCGGCUGUUUGGGCUGUGUGGGAGCUGUCAAAGAGAGCCGUGCUCUGCUGCUGACGUUCUUCAUCCUCCUCCUGCUCAUCUUCUUCCUGGAGAUUCUUUCUAUCAUGCUUUUCUUCAUCUACCAAGACGAGAUUGAUCACUACGCCCAAAGGGAUCUGAAGAAGGGCCUCCAGCUCUUUGGCACAGAGGGAAACGUGGGUCUGACAAACGCCUGGAUGAUAGUACAAACUGAUUUUCGCUGCUGCGGGGUAACCAACCACACAGACUGGUUCGAGGUUUACAAUGCCACCCGUGUGCCAGACUCCUGCUGCCUGGAGUACAGCGACAACUGUGGCCUGGACAACCCAGGUACCUGGUGGACAGCGCCGUGCUACGAGCGUGUAAAGGACUGGCUUAAUGAAAACCUGGUGGCCCUUUGGAUCUUUGCGCUAUGCACAGCACUUACUCAGAUCCUGGGCCUGGUUUUCUCCAUGACGAUGUUCUGUCAGGCAGUGAAAGUAGAGACGUUUUAUGCCUAGCCAUGGAUCCUCUGCUCUUCAGCACCCUUGGAUUGUGUCUCAUCAGAGAGGGACGGAUAUAGACCCACCCUCGUCCUCCUCCUCCCCCGACAGACUCUUCUUUCCUUGUCCUCUCUGUGACAUUCCCUCUCAGAUGUCACCGGUUCACAGUUUUUCUGCUAACUAUCAACAAGCACAGUGUCAGUGUAUUACCUGAGUUGGUUCCUAUGGUUUGCUCUGUGUCAAAAAGCUAAUUUCUGUGAUACAUUUUAUGAAGCAGUAUUAUGAACAACAAAAAAAUUGUUUAAUAUGUGUUUUGUUCUAAAUUAUUUUAUGGUUUGUAUGUGUUUUAAAAAAUGAGAGCUACAGUUGGGGACUAUGUGAAGUGCUGCAAGUGCAUGUCUCCUGCAAUGAUGUGUAAUAAAUGUUUUUGGCUCGACUAAA